AUGGACACACCGACAAGUCCAAUACAAUCACAACAAAAUACGCUGUUGGAAAAUUUGAUCGAAGCCGAGAAAGCAGCAGAGAAUCUAAGAAAUAAGCUUUCGUUUGUCAUAAGAGAAUAUGUGGAAGAGGCAAGAAAUGAUUCUUCAAUGUCAUCUUUGGCGCUGGAUGUUUCCAAAAUAUCUGUUCUAAAGGGAGACCCAACAAAAGCACAAUUCGCAUCCAGUCCCAACUUAUCCGGCGUAGGAGCAUUGCAAGAUGAUUUUGCCAAAAGUCGUCUCAAACGCUUCGAGAGCGCGUCGACAUCAAAUUUGGUACCGAAAAAAACUCCAAAUGAAAAACCAUCAAAACUUCGACGCAUAUCACCUAAUGUUUUUAAAUUAAAAAAGGAUAGUUUGAAACCAGAAAAGCCGAAAUUGACAGAAAGUAAAGGCAGCAAAAUAGCCAGUUUGCUUAGGCCAAAAAUAGCAACACCUGUUACAAGACCGACAGAAUUCAGUCCAAGUAUGAGCGCCACCAAGAAGAAGUUCAACCAUAUCAAAUCUACUAUACCAAGACCCACACCUGUGAAGAAAGAGUAA